AACGACUUAUCUGGAUUGACGACUGCAUGACUGGGCGUUUGCGAAUUGUUUUGCUUGUUUUCUUUUUCCCAUUUCUGUGCUUUUGAAUGGUUCCUUUCGUGAUCACUUGGGCGAUGAUCAUUGACGACGGAGUUGAAGCUAGCUGGCUGGUUGCGACUCAACUUGAGGCCUUGUCUACUGGAGGCCAUGCAUGAUCUUGUUUUCAUUGUCUGUGAGGGAGUUGAUUGAAGUGGUGAAGGCGAAGGAGUCCAGUAUACAGAAUCAAGGAGAGCGACCGGCUGGCCCCCCUCAAAAAGUGGCGGUGGGCAAGUCGGCCAGGUGGCCAUCCGCCAUACCCAACCCAACGCCAGGCGUUCUUGAUGCCCGGGCUGGCCCACCCACCGCCGUUCCCGCGAUCAUUUGUUUCCCCCGUCGAUAUCCAUCCCUCUUCCCUGCUUUCGUUGCCCCUAUCUUCCCUCCCAUCUACCUUGCCCCCCUUGUCACCUUUCCUCCUAUGCCUGCCUGGACCCUCUCCCUACCUUACAUCUGUCUGUUGGAGAGAUAUUGGGGCCUACUUUCGCCCCUCUACUUCUGGUCCGCACGUACACUAGACAUGUCACACACAAAAAAAAAGAAAAUCACAAAAGACAAACACAAAAACCUCCAUUCCGAUAUCAAUGGAUUUUUCUCCUGCGAAGAUGAUGGACUUGUCUCUGUUAUAGUGAACCACUUUCCCCCUGCUUGAUACCCCCCACCUACAUGCCCUUCCCCUGUGUUUUCCUAUUCGUUCGGAUCUUACCCUCUCGGUCGAGCUGAUGUGUUUGUUAUCCUUCUCCCCCUCUUGCCCGCUUUCUCCCCCGCAUUUU